AUGAAGCACCUCGCAGCUUACCUCCUGCUCACCCUGGGCGGCAACGCCUCCCCCUCUGCCAAGGACAUCGAGGCCGUCCUCGAGUCCGUCGGCAUUGAGGCCGAUGAGGAGCGCCUGAACACGCUCCUGUCGGAGCUCAAGGACAAGGACAUCAACGAGCUGAUCUCUGAGGGCAGCUCCAAGCUGGCGUCCGUCCCCUCGGGCGGUGCCGCUGCCGCUGCCUCGGGCGGUGCCGCCGCUGGCGGCGCUGCUGCCGCCGACGCCCCGGCCGAGGAGGCCAAGGAGGAGGAGAAGGAGGAGUCUGACGACGACAUGGGCUUCGGCCUGUUUGACUAA